AUGGCGUCUGCUGCGCCUGGCCAACAACAGCCAUCACAUGAGGACCUCCCAGAAUCGGUCUUCAGAAAGAGUUACAAUUUUCCGCCUUUCUUCAGUCCCCAGCCCGCCUCUUUAACGCGACAGGCCCAACUGAAAAAAUGGUCCGAAUUCAUCCAGCGCUACUGCCGACAUUACCAUCUUUUCCAACUCUCGGUCAUCGACACCCUUCAGAGUCCGCUAUUCUAUAAUGCGAGAUUGAAAAAGGGACUCAGUCUAAAGGAUGCAAAGGCUGUGAUAGAUUACAUGGCUAGCAAGGACGGUGACGAGAGAGCUGAAUGGCGUGGCCCUGACAAGUCAGUGGCUUGGAUUUGGUGGCGGAAACCCGAAGAGUGGGCGACCCUCAUCGCGAACUGGGUGGAAGAAACUGGUCAGAAGGGCACUGUGUUGACACUUUAUGAAUUGGUCCAGGGUGAAACUACGGAGAAGCAGGAGUUUUAUGGACUGGAUACAGAAGUGCUGCAAAAGAGCCUCAAUACGCUGGUCAAGAAGGGAAAGGCGCAGGUAUUUGGAUCAGAGGAUCAGCAAGGUGUCAAGUUCUUCUGA